AUGGUCAGCGUUGCAUGGUCCCGAGUCGUAGCUGAAACAGCACAUACCACAGCAGCCGAUACAACAGAUAUAGCAGAUACACACGAAUCUACCAAUAUUGAUGUGUUAUUGACAGGGUUCGGUGCGUUCCAAGGGCAUACGGUGAAUGCUUCAUGGGAAGCUGUGGGCGAACUAGACAAGAUGGUCAUGGCUGUG